AUGACAAAAGGUAUUAUCUUAUUCGAUUACAAGUAUCAUAUAAACAUUAUUUCGCUAGGUUAAGCUAUUUAAUCUUUCUGUUAUCGUAUAUUAAUUGAAAUUAUCUAAUAUUUAUACAUUAAAUUAAUUGUAUCUUUUAGCGAUUUUUAUAAUGAUACGAUUGAAUCUGGUAUAAUGUUAUUUAAAUAUUAGAUUCAAAUGAAAUAUUCGUAGAACAAAUAGUGCAACUCAAAUUUAGAAUGUUUCAAAUAUAAAUUUAAUGAAAACAGCACCUUUUCACCAAAGUGUCUUGAAAUAAUUUUUUUAUUAAUUUAUAAUAUAAUAUAAUUUUAAUUUAUUUUAAUAUUUUAAGUGAUACUAAUAAAUAUAUAGACAUGUAUUGUUACAAAAGUAAAAAUGAACGUAGUGUAUAUUUGAUAAAACUUGAUUUAAUUAAUCUUACAUCAAAUAGUAAAAAUAAAUAAAAACUAUCAUGAUCAAUCAAGUGAAACUUUGAUAAUUUUUUAGACGAAACAUUAGAGAAAAAAUCAGUGGAGAAUAAUGACACUGAUAAAAAGACUGCGUCUGACUCUGGUCCUGAUCCAUCAGCACCAAUAACUAGAAGAGGAGUGUUAACAUCAUUCUUGACUGGCAAGCCAAUGGAAAUACCAGAACAAGAUAUUUUGGGUAAAUGCAGAUUUGUGUCAGAAUUUGAAAAAUUAAAUCGUAUAGGAGAAGGUACCUAUGGUAUUGUUUAUAGAGCAAGAGAUACUAAAAAUGAUAAAGUUGUAGCUUUGAAAAAGGUACGAAUGGAACAUGAAAAGGAUGGCCUUCCGGUCAGUGGUUUAAGAGAAAUAUCUGUUCUUUUGUCUUGUCGUCAUGAAAAUAUUGUACAUUUGAGGGAAGUGGUAGUAGGAAGAAGUUUAGAAAGCAUAUUUCUUGCUAUGGAAUAUUGCGAACAAGAUUUAGCAAGUUUAUUAGACAAUAUGCAAGCACCAUUUUCAGAAAGUCAAGUUAAAUGUAUUGUAUUACAAGUAUUAAAGGGUUUACGUUAUUUGCAUCAUAAUUUUAUUGUACACAGAGAUUUGAAAGUUUCAAAUCUCCUUAUGACGGAUAAAGGAUGUGUAAAAAUUGCUGAUUUUGGAUUGGCAAGAUGGUUUGGUUUGCCUUUAAAACCAAUGACACCAAGAGUAGUAACAUUAUGGUAUAGAGCACCAGAGUUGUUAUUACAGGCAAAAACUCAAACAACUUCUGUUGAUAUGUGGGCUGCAGGUUGCAUUUUAGGAGAACUUCUUGGACAUCGGCCUUUAUUGCCUGGACGAUCAGAAAUAGCGCAGUUAGAAUUAAUUGUUGACUUAUUAGGCACACCAAGUGAAGCAAUUUGGCCAGAGUUUAAUACACUUCCGGCAUUGCAAAAUUUUACAUUAAAACAACAACCAUAUAAUAAUUUAAAACAAAGAUUUCCAUGGUUGAGUGCUGCUGGUUUGAGAUUAUUAAAUUUCUUAUUCAUGUAUGAUCCAAAGAAAAGAGCUACUGCAGAAGAAUGUCUACAAAGUAGCUAUUUUAAAGAAGCUCCUUUACCGUGCGAUCCCAAACUUAUGCCUACUUUUCCACAACAUAGAAAUAUGAAAAAAACUGCACCUCCAAAAGAGACUAGGGAACCAGAGACAAAUGUUACAGAUCAAACUAAUAAUUUGCCUGCAAUUUCAGAUCUUGUAAGAUCAUUAUAUAUUUCAUUAUGUAUUAAAAAGACAUCCUAAAAUUAAAAUUAAUAUUUUUUUCAGCUUGGUUCACUUGUUAAGAAAAGGCGAGUGGAAUGA